UUUUUUUAUUCAUAAAGUUAGCGUCGGCGAAUCUAAAUUCCGGUUGAUUUGAACAAUCUUGAAGUCGAGACUCAUCAGUAUCAAAAUUCGAAUGUAGCCACCAAGAUGUUGUAUGAGCUCGUCGCAAUUGUAAGUUUUUUGCUUGAAGAUAGAAUGCAUUAAAGAGUAUAUAAUUAACAAGUCUCCAGGUCCGACCCGGCAACCUCGUCGAGGUCAAAGAGUAAACUACCUCUUCCCUUUCUCCUCCUACCCACCUCAAACAUCGAGGCUAAUUCCUCCCUCUUCAACUGCAGAAUUGCCCGCACAGCUGGAUCUCUCGUCCUCAGAUCCGGUGGUACCAUACGCGGUAUACGUAACUGGGGAAUAUCUAGUUUACCCAGACGAACUCGCAAGCAUCAAGCACAAUAUCAUGAAGGACAUUACUUUGUCAUGAGAUAUGACGCCUCCAGCAAGACACAGGAUGAUGUACGGACGACUCUUGGAUUAGAUCCACGGAUGAUCAAGUUUAGUUCGGUGAAAUUGGGAGAUGGUACAUUGGAGAGUUUGAGUAAAAUUGGUUCGACAAUUCCUUGGACAAUGAAAGAACAUUUGAAAGAGAAUUAAAUGGAUGGUAUGAUAUAAUUUAUACUGUAUGUGUAGGCGUCAGAAGGGAAAUCCAGUCAAUAUUUGCAUGCCGCUAGGUUAUGGAGGUUAAAUUUAUAUUAAGGGAUCGAGGUCUUGGUAUUCCUCCUCACUUGCUUGUGUGGUGUCUGAACGCC